AUGUUCAUUGGAAACAGAAAGAUCGAAAAUGGCUCGACCUUCUUCAUCUACUUGUUUAUUCUUUCCAACUUAUUGAUCACCAUACAAUACACAACUGCACAGCCACAGGCUAAUUUUUUUUAUCAAAUUUGUUACGGUGAUAAUUACACUAGAGGCAGUACAUUUCAGACUAAUCUCAACCUUCUUUUUCCUUCAAGCAUCCAAAAUAAAUACUAUAACGCCACCAAUGGCCAAACCCCAGAUACUGUUUACGGGUCUUUACAGUGUAGAGGUGAUAUCCCACAAGAUGAGUGUCAAAGUUGUGUUGAUUUUGCUAUUCAAGAUUUCAACAAAACGGGUAGAUGUCCAAACUCUAAACAGGCGAUUAUUUGGUAUGAGAAAUGUAUGCUAAGGUAUUCUAAUGAAUAUUACUUCAAUUCUAUGCAAAAAACUCCAGCAGUUUUUAUGUGGAAUCGUAAUAAUGUUUCAAAUCCAGAUCAAUUUAACCCAGUUUUAAAUGAUUUAAUGGAUGAUUUAGCAAAACAAGCUGUGACUAGUUUUUCUACUUAUUUUGCUGCUGGAAGUAGACCUGUUGCUAAUUUUACAAAAGUAUAUGGAUUAGUAGAGUGUACUCCUGAUAUACCUUCAGAAAGUUGUAAUGCAUGUCUUGCCGGAGCUAUAUCUCACAUACCAAUUUGUUGUGAUGGGAAGCGAGGUGCAAAGGUUAUGAGACCUAGUUGUAGUAUUAGAUAUCAAGUAUAUCCUUUCUUUGAGUCUACGGUUACUCCUUCACCACCACCUCCUUUAUCUUCUCCUACACCGCCACCGUCAACGAAUGCACCUGUACCAAAUGCAAAUAAGAAUCACUCAUCGAAACUUACUAUCAGUAUAGUGGUUCCUUGGGUUGUCGCAGUACUUUUUGCCAUUGCCUUGGGGUUCUUCUGUUUCUGGAGAAAGAGAACACAGAUAAUGAAGUAUGUCUAUGUGGAUGAUGAGACUCAAGUUACAACACCAGAAUCUUUACAGUUCAACUUCAGUACGAUAAGUGCUGCAACAGACAAUUUCUCUGAAACUAAUAAACUCGGAGAAGGCGGAUUUGGCUCUGUUUAUAAGGGGACACUUCCAGAUGGGCGAGAAAUAGCGGUGAAGAGGCUAUCGAAAUAUUCUGGUCAAGGUGAUCAAGAGUUCAAGAAUGAAGUUACAUUAGUAGGUAAACUUCAACACAGAAAUCUUGUGAAGCUUGUUGGUUUUAGUCUAGCUGGUGAAGAAAAACUACUGAUUUAUGAAUUCAUGCCAAAUCGAAGCCUUGACCAGUUCUUAUUCGAUCCGAUUAAAUGCACACAACUGGAUUGGGAAAGCCGAUACAAGAUAAUAGCAGGGAUAGCAAGAGGACUUGUCUAUCUCCAUGAGGAGUCUCAACUUAAAAUCAUCCAUCGGGAUCUCAAAGCUAGCAAUAUAUUAUUAGACAUGGACACGAAUCCUAAAAUCUCAGAUUUCGGCAUGGCUAGGCUUUUUGUUCAUGACCAAACUCAAGAGCUUACAAGCAAAAUUGUUGGAACGUAUGGUUACAUGGCUCCAGAGUACAUGAGGCAUGGUCAUUUCUCAGUGAAAUCAGACGUUUUUAGUUUUGGUGUCCUAUUAUUAGAGAUACUCUCUGGACAAAAGAACAACAGAUCAGAUAAUGCUCAAGACCUUCUAAGCUAUGUAUGGAGACAUUGGAAUAACGGGUCUGCUAUAGAAAUAUUAGAUCCAACAUUCAAAGACACAUGUUCGAGAAACGUAGCAAUGAGAUGCGUCCAUGUUGCUUUAUUAUGUGUUCAAGAAGGUGUCUUAGAUAGACCAACAAUGCCCACAGUUGUCCAAAUGCUCAACAGCUACUCUGCGACCGAUCCCGGUUUACCUUUAGCACCUGCAUUUUUUGGUGAGACUACCGGAAAUAUGGAACCCUUGUCGAACUUACACUACAUCGAAGAACAAGGAAGCUGGAAGAACGAGUCAGUGACCAGUGAACUAGACCCUCGAUAAUUAUAUACCACUACAUUUUCAGAAUGCAUAGUCUAUUGGUUCUUUCUUUUCUUUUUUUGGCAUUACCUAAAUAUUUUUUCAUCAUUGAUUCAAGAAUUGGAAAUGCAAU